AUGCCGAAUCUCAACUACAGCCCCGAAACAGAAAUCCCAGAUCUCUCGGGGAAAACGAUCUUUAUCACAGGAGGAACAAAUGGUCUCGGUGCCGAAUCGGCCUUACAUCUGGCUAAGCACAACGCCGCGCAUAUCUAUAUCAGCGGAAGAAACGCCAAAAGCGCUGAAAAGGUCAUCCAGCGAAUCCAAGAAAGCGGCUCGAGCUCCGAAAUCACCUUCAUAGAAUGCGAUCUAGCCUCUCUGUUAUCCGUCAAGAAGACAGGCGAGACCUUCGUAUCGCAGGCAUCCCGCCUAGACAUCCUACUCUGCAACGCGGGCAUUAUGGCCCAACCACCCUCUUUGACAACAGACGGUUACGAGGUCCAAUUCGGAACAAACCAUCUCGGCCACGCGCUUCUCAUAAAGAAGCUCCUCCCACUUCUAGAAAAGCAAGGCAGUGACGGCGGCGACCCACGAAUCAUCAUCCUUACCUCGGAAGGGCUGAUGCUCCACCCAAGCGGGGGAAUUAUCUUUGACAAGUUGAGAACUGUUCAGGAUGAUUUCUUUUUUGGGGGGCCAUGGCGUCGAUAUGGACAAAGCAAACUUGCCAACCUUCUCUUUGCACGAGAACUCGCCCGUCGGUACCCAAGUAUUAUCUCCGCGUCGAUUCACCCCGGUGUUGUGUCGACGGGACUGGUUGGGAAUCAGAAAUUCUUAGACCGCGCUCUGAUUUAUAGCACGAGCUUUGGGAAACUGCUGAAACCAGAGGAAGGUGCGUAUAAUCAAGUGUGGGCUGCAACGACUGCGAAGGGAAAUAUUGAGAAUGGUGCGUUCUAUGAGCCGGUGGGGAAAUCGGCACAUUAUAAACUGGGCAAGACGGCAAAGGAUGAUCAGUUGGCGGAGCGGUUGUGGGAGUGGACUCAAGAGGUGCUCGAGGAAUUUUAA